AUGCGCUUAAAGGACGGGCUGGUCUCGAAGAAACAUCUCGAAGAACGACAGGAGGGUAGGAGAAGAGUUUGGCCAAGUCCAGAGUCAAGCCUGUGGAGCAGAGGCGCUGGUGAUCGUCCGUCCCAAGACCAAUCAGGGGGAGUCCACUUCUGGGGAACCGACCUAUGGCGUAAGUUUGGGGGCAAGCACUGCAGCCGCACAGCUAGAACAGCACCAGAAGGGGCAAUUCCAGCGCCGCCAGUCCGCCAGCCCGCCAGUACGAGCCUCCAAUCCUCCCGCCUCGGCGAACCAUCAUUCUCCGCACCCCCUACCGCCCCUGUAAGUCGACCCUUCAAGGUACCUCCAAUGCACACUCCCUUGGACAUGCUCAAACCACCUUUACCCAUCUCGUUCUAUCCUGGCCAUCUCGAAACUACCCCAAUGUCGAAAUACCCGCCACUUCCAGACGUCGACCUCUUCCCGGAAAGUCCCAAGAUCAAUGAAGCCUCCAUGAAGUCAUCGCCCGGGGCCACAACAGCUUCCAGAGCAGACAAGCCGCACAUGGAUGUACAACAGCGUGCCGAAGCUGCUGCAGCUCGUGCUCGUGCUCGCAUUGCCGAAGAAGAGAAAAUGGUACUGGAACAGGGCUCACUGGCGGACAAUAGUCUCUUUGCAGACCCUCUGCAGCACCAGCGUGCAGGCGCGCCCGCGGGACCCACCGCUUUGGGUGGGCAAGAUGGCCUGGGCUAUGACCCGGCCGCGCUCGAGCUACGCAACCCUUCCCACCUCGAAGCAGCUAUCAACCCCAAACCCAGACGGCGUGCUCUGUGGCAGCGACGCAUGGUGAUCCGCAACGUGCGCCAACGAGGCCGUCUCACCAAGACCAUCAAAAUCGCGCGAUCCGAACGCUCCUGCCUGUCCCGGUCUCUCAUUGAGAUCGAUGCCUACUCCUACGCGGAGAUCCAUCCUCCAGAUGCGCUUCUCCAAGAAGAAAGUCGCCCAAGAAGUGCGCGAGCACCUCCUCGAAGCCAAACAAGAAGCCAUCGUCACCCGAGGCAUGGGACUCGGCCACCUAGAACAAGAAACCUCUGGUCCCCGGCACCUCAACCGUCCCCAGCGCCUACCACCACCACCCUCCCCCCCUCCGUCUCCCCAACAACAACAUCCACCACCAUAAUCCAAACCCACACCCCCCCCACGCCCAGCAAACCGGCAACCCUCCCAGGGACCAGCAUCCCCAGCAACCCGGCCCACCGCUCGCCCACCGACAUCUACAUCUCGCAAGCGUGGAUCAACCGGGGCCCCUACCGGCAAAAGCCCGACUACCGCGCCUUCGGACGCGUGUUCAUCAUGCGACCGCCCCACACGGGCCUCUCGGUGCUGCUCAAGGAAGAGAAGACGCGCGCGAGGGAGAAGGCAGAUAGAGAGAUCAAGCGCAUCAGGCAGCGCAUGGGCCGGAGUAUGUGGACCCAGCUGCCCGAUCGGAAGAUCAGUAGGCAGGGCCAGUAUUUGUUGUGGUAG